AUAUCUUUUGAGACGGAAAGAACCGAACCAAGCCGGCCGGAUUAUUUCGGGAUUUCCAAAAUUGCGUCGAGAAAGAGAGAGAAGAGGACGACACAUCGACGAAUUUGAUCGAGACGAUCUGUCGUCUUAUCAACGUUCGAAGGAUUAGGAGAAAUCCCACAAUAUCGCCGGAAAACGAAUUCCCGCCAUAUCCCGAAGAAACUCCGACGGCACCGAACAGACAAAACUCCCAAAGAGAGAGCACAGUUUCUUCUUCAUCGACUCGUCCUCCAUGAACUUUCCGUACAGUUCUUUUCGAACAGUCGCCUAUUCUCUUCCGUCCCCCGUUCAUAUUCCCAAAGCCCUAGUGCCCCCAAUUUUUACCUCGAUUUCAGCCCUAAAUUCCGGCAAAGUUGGACCGUCUGUUUACUGGAAAAUCAUCCUUAAGCCAGUGGGAAACAGAAGUUUUCGAGUUAGAGCUUCUAAGAAUGAUGAUGCUGGAACUGAGAAAUGGCUAAAAUGGUUACCCAAUGGAGCUUUAGCUGCCGACAAAAUGUUGCGAUUGAUUGCCGGUGCAACCGCCAGCCCCAUCAGCCAGUUCAUUUCUUCGCCAGUCACAUUUCUUCAUUCUGUAGACCCGCGAAUUAAAUUGGUAUGGCUGUUGGCUCUUGUUGUUUUACCAGCUAGAUCAAACAUCACUAUUCGUUUUGGACUGGUGAUUUUCUUGGCUUUUCUAUCCAUAUGGAUUCUUCCAACCGAGUUAUGGAAGGACCAACUGGGAAGAGUGUCUAUACUCUCAGGAAUUUUGUUCGUCAUGUUGGGACUGGGUGCGGACGGUGUGCCACCCCUCAUCCAAUCAAGAACUCCUCCACCUGGAAUGAUAGGAUUGCCUGAGCUCCCUUCAUCUUUGGGAGGUUACUCAUAUUUAAUUGCAAAGCUAGGCCCUUUAACUUUUACGAGGAAAGGCUUGUCAAUAGCAAGUACAUCAGCAUGUUUAACAUUUGUUGUCUUCCAAAGUGCAAGUCUCUGCCUCACAACCACAGCCCCUGAACAACUUGCAUUUGCGAUACGUUGGUUUAUGCUUCCUUUGGGGUAUUUUGGUGUUCCAGUUGCUGAAAUCACACUUACGCUUUUACUUUCUUUGAGAUUCGUCAGUCUUGUGUUUGAUGAGGUUCGAAAUGUUGCAUUAGGGGUUGUAUCCCGCAGGAUAAACUGGCAAAUGUUGACCACAAUGGAGACGGUUGAUGGUAAGCAUCCAGAGACAUUGCCAACAUUUUUCUUUACUUAUCUCCGUCGCAUCUUUAAAAAUAUUUUUACCCAUGCAGAGCAGAUUUCUCAGGCAAUGAUCGUAAGAGGUUUCCGAGGAGAUAGCAGCAAUCACAAGCUAUAUUUCUUAUCAAACUCAUCAAGCAGAAUGGCAAAUAUUCUCUCCUUGUUAUGCUUGUUUGGUGUCAUCAGUGCUUCUUUUUUCUUCGACAACGUCAUCAUUUGAUACCAGCUUCCACUUUUUGCUAUCUUCUCGCCCUGCUAAAGCUGUUGGGGAAAUAAAUACCUGUUUCUUCAAACCUAGAGAUUCAUAUUGCUCGUCCCAUGGCUUUUUCUUAGAUGGGACGUGAAAAGUUCAUUGGGUGGAUUCAAAUUGUACAAGAUUGAGAGAGAGUUCAGAAGGGUAUGUUCCUCUGCUCCUUUGAUUGUAUACUUCGGAAGUGAAGAUCUUUAUGGAUUCGGUAGGACAAGGGAGGGGAAUCUCUCUCUUUAUUGUAGGAAACUAAUGUAUUCAAAAUCUGUUUGUUUUAUUCUAGUGGGAAAUAACUACUUCAUGACAAAUUAUUUAAUGAGGCCCCGCUGUUUCAAAAUAAUAAUUAAAAAAAUAAAAACAAAAAUUUGAAACCA